UUUAAAUAAAAGUAGGUAAAUAAUUGUUGAAACACAAUCAUCAUGGCAAUCUUUCCAUUGACUUUGAUUGAAUUCUUUCAACAAAAUGAUGUCAAUCAAGCAUUUAUUAGCGAUGUAGUUUCAGAUUUGAAACAUAAAACACGAAAUAUUCAUGAACUAGUUGAAAUGCUUGAACCAAUUCUGUGCGCAAAGGAAAAUGAUUUAAGAUUCAUUGGAACGAAGUUCUUUGUUGAAGUUCUUAAUAGUUUAAGUCCCAAUGACUUAAAUGAUCAGGAAUUAAAAGUUAUUUGGACCUUUUUUAUUAAUCGAUUGAAUGAUCAUCAUUCAAUUAUUCCGAUUGUGCUAUCAGGAUGCUUAACGCUGUGCAAACUUCAUUUAAAUUUUGAAAGUUAUUUAGCAGAAUUUUGUACCAAAAUGUUUCGAUGUAUACAUUGCCAAACUCAAAAAAGAGAAGACCGUGAAAAAAUAUAUAAAAUGUUACAAAUUGCAUCCGAAUUAAAUUCUGAAGAAUUUAAAAAAAUGGGUGCUGACUGGAUCUACGGAGUAAUCAAUUCUAUUGAAGGAGAAAGAGAUCCAAGAAAUUUGCUUUUAAUUUUCAACUUUAUGCCACAGCUCAUUAAAAAUUAUUCUUUAUUUCAUUUAACCGAUGAUGCCUUUGAGGUGUUUGCUGUUUACUUUCCUGUUGAUUUUACACAAUCAGACUCAUCGGCGAUAACUAGAGAUUCAUUAGCAGAACACUUAGAAAACUGUCUCUCUGCUAGCUUGGAUUUCAUCAAUGGUUGCGUUGAACUUAUUUUGGAAAAAAUUAGCAGUGACUUGAAAACCGCAAAAACAGAUUCUCUCAAACUUUUGAUAAACAUUACAAAAAAGUUUUCAAGUGAUAAAAUAGAAAAGCAUUUUGAAAGCUUAUGGGAAGCAAUCAAAAUAGAAGUGAUAUCUGACAAAAACAUGGAGUGGAAACAAUUAGCUCUUUCUGGUUUACAAAGUUUAUUGUCAAAUUUUAGUAGCAGCAACGAAACAUUGAAAGAAGCUUUAAAAAUAGUACUGAAAUCAGUUCUGCCUUCUAUAAAUGAUAUUAACUGCAAAUCAUUUGGUCCAAAUUUCGACAUAAUUUGUACUUGUCUGAAAAGUAGUGAGCAAUCUGCCUUAUAUGUUAUUCCAAAAGUGCUUCCUUUGUUGUUAAAUGAUUUUAAUGCGAGAGAUACUGAGAAAAUAAUUAAAAUUUUAGAGUGUAUUGAAAGUAUUUGUACGAUAACAAAUUCAUAUAACACCUUUAAAGAAUUAGAGAGUAGUGAUACUGAUUUACUUCGCAAAGAAAUUGUUGAUACUUUUAUGUACGAUAAUAAUACAAUAGUAACACGGUUAUGCCUUCGAAUUAUUGGAAACAUAAAAGACAUCAUGUGUAAAAAAAGUCGUUUUAUUAUUUAUCAAAGAUUAGUUGAUCUGACAUCCGACCCGAAAAGCAACGAAUUAUUUUGUGAUAUCAGCAAUGCUGCCAUAAGUUUUAACUCUAGGUUCAACAAUGAAGUGUCUGAAAUAAUUGUAGAAAAACUAAAAGAGCAGGCAACCUUGCAGGUCAGUGCAGAACCAAUAAAAGUUCUUGCUAAUCUUAUGUUUGAACCGAAUUUAGAAGAAUAUAUAUAUAAUUUUAUCAUUUCCUUCAUAUUAAACAAUGAGAACAAUGAACGUUUACGUACAGACACAGUCAUAUAUUUAGAAAGUGUCAUGACAGAAAAAAAUAGAAGCAUUUUAAAUGAUUCUAAAACGUCAUUGAUCGAAGAACUUGUAACGUUUAUAAAGAAUUAUCGGCAUAACUCGUAUCAACAUUUAAAACAAUACACUAAGUUACUUGAAAUUUUCGUGAAAUAUUCAAAUAUGGAAAUGCAAAAAACUGUUAUUAUACCCCUCUUGACUGCCUUGAAUCCUAAUGUAAACAAUGACCUGUACAUUCUAUCAGGUUUAUUAGGCUAUUUAAAACCAAAUGCAGGACUAAACGAAUAUUUUACACUCCUAACUGGGAAUUUAAUAAAAAUAUCUUUGUCAUCAAACGAUGAGGAACGAAUUAUGAGUAAUCAAAUACUUUAUGUUGUGUUUAAUAAAAUUCCUUAUGAUGAUUUGCACCAACGUUGGAUAAGACAAACAUUGGAAACACUUCGAUCUGAAAUACUAAGCAACAGAAAUGAAGCGAUUGCAACUUUUGCAUGGAUAACUAAGAGUUUGGUUAAACGCGGUUUUGGUGACUUUGAAUUCGUCAUGGAUCCUUUGAUAGCCCUUCUCAAGGAUCCAAUAACCUCGAAUUCAGCUGUUACGGCUUUUGAAAUACUCACAAGAGAAGUGCCAGAGCAAUACCAACCGUUAGAGAAAUACCUUUAUAAGCAGAAAAUUUUGUGUUACUUAUUGAAAAAGAUCGAUUGCCAAGUAACGGAUUUAGCAGAUAAUCAAGUUACAACAAUUGUUUUAGUUAUGAACAUUGUACCAUUGUCAGCUUUAAAAACGAACAUUGACAAGAUUGGAAAAACUGUUAUUAAAGCACUAAGCUUAAAAGAUCAACGUUGUAUUUUGGCUUGCCUGAAUAUUCUGAACAAAUUUAUUGAAGAGCAAAAUGACUACUUUUCAACUUACGUAUCUCACAUUGUGGACAAACUUUUGAUUUUAACUCAACCUGCUUUUACAAUGAAAAUCCGAUUACAAGCACUGUGCACCUUAAAAAACGUUACCAUUUAUUCUACGUAUUUGUUGUUGCCAAAAAAGGAAGAAGUUGUCUAUGGAAUUAUUCCUGUUUUAGAUGAUGAAAAAAGAUUAGUGAGAAAUGCAGCCAGAGCUACUCGUAUGAAAUGGUGCUCUAUAGGAAUUGAAGAAAAUUAG